AUGAGGGGCAUCCCGGGCUUGAAGCGGUUGCGGCUCAGAAUCUGGCGGCGAUGCACCCUGGUGCUCCUUCUCUUCUGGGCUGCCUGCUGGGUCGUGGUGAGCGCCCUGCUUUUCCUCCUCCACAGGAGCGUCUUCUCCGAGCGCUGCACGGACGAGAAGAGCCACAGGAUCCUAGCGAGGCUGUGUCUUGACUACAGCAGUGGAGCCCUGACUGGUGACCUCUGUGAGGACCUGUGUGUGGCACAGAAUCUGGUGUAUAAACACUGCCUUUACUAUGACAGAGGUAAGAAAGUCAUCCAAGCUGACUGGAGAGGCCAGCCCAUCAUCCUGAAAUCCAAGAAGGAAAUCUUCUCCAGCUACCAGCAUCUCAGCAUGCUAGAAGAAGUGGAAACAGAAGAUAUUCCUGAAACAGAUCUUCUGCUGAUGGUAGCCUUGGAGGUAAAAAACGUCCUGGGGCUAGAACUGUCUAACAAUACCAUGGGGCCCCUGUGGACAACGAAGAAGGGACCACACUGGAAAGCACAGGUGGCCAGCAUGUGGUCCUUGCUCCAGCAGGAAGAAUAUAUCUACUUCAGUUUGCUGCAGGACUUCAGCAAACAUGUGCUACGAAUUAUUGGCUCCUGUGGACACUUCUAUGCCGUGGAGUAUCUCACAGCUGGACAUGCCUGGCACAAAACUCUUUUUCCCUUGGAAAAUGUGGUCAGUCCCACCUUUGCUGGCCGCAGAAGUAGGGUGAGAGCCAUCAUUGACAUUGCACUCAGCUUUCUGGACAUGGUGCAGCAUUUUGAUAAUGAUUUCUCUCACCCACUUCACCUGUGUGACAUCAAACCAGAAAACUUUGCUAUCAGGCAUGAUCUCACGGUGGUGGCCAUUGAUGUGGAUAUGGCCUUUUUUGAACCCAAAAUGAGGGACAUCCUCGAACAGAACUGCACAGGAGAUGAAGACUGUAAUUUUUUUGAUUGCUUUUCAAAGUGCAAUCUGAGAAUCAGAAAAUGUGGAGCACAGAGAGCCAAUAACAACUUGCAAGUAAUUUGUGACAAAAUAUUCCGUCGCUGGUUUUCCCCAAGUCUCCGAGGGCCAUUGGUUUCCCUCCCCCUGCAGCCGCAGCUGCAGAAGGCUGUGCAGGAGUGUGCUGAGCCGGGGCACGUGGAUGCUGCUGGGCACCAGAGGACUCUGAAAUCUCUCUCCAAGCUAUAUCACCUGCUUCGGAUCUCUCAGCAAGAACUACAAAGAGCGGAGUAGACACAGAAGGCAGAACUGCAAAGGCCACAUCGCAGCCACUGCUAAGGGACACUGUGUAUGAUGCAGUUUGCGUUUUCCUUCUCCUUCCUUCCAUCCCUCCUACCCAUUGUACUACAUUUACAGCAAGGAUUGUUUUUCUCCUAUGCAAAUGAAAAUCAUGGCUGCAGAUGCAGCAUGUCUUGUUAAUAUCUUUUCAAGUGUGAAAUUGUUUUAUAUUACCUGGAUUCUAUUCUUGCUUACUUUCCUGAGCUAACCUUAGCCCUCUCCAUCAGCACUCAGCACAUUGCUUGCUUACCAAAAGCUGUAGUCACUGCUCAGAUAACAUCUGUCUGAGUGUGGUGCUCAGAGUAAGGACACAUUUACAGAAGAAAA